GCACCUGUAUCUUCCCUGAAAAUUGCCUUCGAUACAGACACACAGAUUCAACGACCGGCCACAGAGUUCCAUUCCAAACAGAUGACAGUAGAAAGAUUUAUUGCACCAGGAGGAGGAGGAGGAAUAGGAAGCCUUCUGGGUCGUGGCGUCUACUACUACCCAAUUCGCAGCUGGCAGGAAGAGGAGGAGGAGGAGGAGGACGACGAAAUAGAGGAGGAGAAGGAAAAGGAGCCGAAGGACGAAGUAGGACGGGAAGAGGAGAAGGAGGAGGAGGGGGAGGAGGAGGAGGUGAUGGAGGAGGAGGAGGAGGAGGAGAGAGGAGAGAGGAGAGGAGGAGGAGGAGGAGGAGGAGAAGGAGGAAGAGGAGAUGGAGGAGGUGGACAACCAGGAGGAGGAGGAGGAGAAAGAGGGGGUGGCGGAGUAGGAGGACGAAGUGGGAAGGGAACAGGAGAGGGAGGAGGAAGAGGAGGAGGAAGAGGAGGAGCAGGAGGGAAGCGAAGGGAGGAGGAAGAAGAGAGGGAGGAGAAGGAAGAAGAGAAGACAGCGAUGUUGAUGGCGGAAGAAGGAGAAGAGAAGAGAGGAGAGGAGAGGUGGAACGGACGAAAUUAGCAAACAGCCCGUUCACACUUGGCGCAUAUUUAUAAAUAGUAAAAGGAUUUUUAUGGA